GCGGGCCCCAGCCCUAUCCUCACGCGGCUAUAAAGGGCGGCGGAGCGGCACUGCGCCACCUUCUCACUGCGCGCCAGGCGGGUCGGAGGCAGCAGGAACAUCCCGAACAGGCAAAGAUGGUGAAAGUCGGAGUCAAUGGAUUUGGCCGCAUUGGCCGCCUGGUCACCCGGGCUGCCGUCCUCUCUGGCAAAGUCCAAGUGGUGGCCAUCAACGAUCCCUUCAUUGAUCUGAACUACAUGGUUUACAUGUUCAAAUAUGACUCUACUCACGGCCACUUCCGGGGCACUGUCAAGGCUGAGAAUGGGAAACUUGUGAUUAAUGGGAAUGCUAUCACCAUCUUCCAGGAGCGUGACCCCAGCAACAUCAAGUGGGCAGAUGCUGGUGCUGAAUAUGUUGUGGAGUCCACUGGUGUCUUCACCACCAUGGAGAAGGCCGGGGCUCACCUGAAGGGUGGUGCCAAGCGUGUGAUCAUCUCUGCCCCCUCUGCUGAUGCUCCCAUGUUUGUGAUGGGUGUCAACCAUGAGAAGUAUGACAAGUCUCUGAAAAUUGUCAGCAAUGCUUCCUGCACUACUAACUGCCUGGCGCCCUUGGCCAAGGUCAUCCAUGACAACUUUGGCAUCGUGGAGGGUCUUAUGACCACUGUCCAUGCCAUCACAGCCACACAGAAGACAGUGGAUGGGCCCUCUGGGAAGCUCUGGAGGGAUGGUAGAGGUGCUGCUCAGAACAUUAUCCCAGCAUCUACUGGAGCUGCUAAGGCUGUGGGAAAAGUCAUUCCUGAGCUCAAUGGGAAACUUACUGGAAUGGCUUUCCGUGUGCCAACCCCUAAUGUCUCUGUUGUGGACCUGACCUGCCGUCUGGAAAAACCAGCCAAGUAUGAUGAUAUCAAGAGGGUAGUGAAGGCUGCUGCUGAUGGGCCCCUGAAGGGCAUCCUGGCAUACACAGAGGACCAGGUGGUCUCCUGUGACUUCAAUGGUGACAGCCAUUCCUCCACCUUUGAUGCGGGUGCUGGCAUUGCACUGAACGACCAUUUUGUCAAGCUGGUUUCCUGGUAUGAUAAUGAAUAUGGAUACAGCAACCGUGUUGUGGACUUGAUGGUCCACAUGGCAUCCAAGGAGUAAGCCGAGCACACAGCCCCCCUGCUGCCUAGGGAAGCAGGACUCUCCUUUGUUGGAGCCCCUGCCCUUGUUCACCACCGCUUAGCUCUGCAUCCUGCAGUGAGAGGCCAGUUCUGUUCCCUUGUCUCCCCCACUCCUCCAACUUCUCCCCGAACCUGGGGGAGGUGGAGAGGCUGAUAGAAACUGAUCUGUUUGUGUACCACCUUACAUCAAUAAAAGUGAUCACCAUCUGAAAA